GCGGGCCGCUGUCGGUUCAGGAUGAGCUGAGCAGUUGGAGGAUCACCGCCCCGCUAUGACUACCAACUGCCUUGGUUCUCCACGGAUGGUUAACCCCACAGAUAUCAACCCUCUUUGAGCCGGGAGUUUGUUUGAAGGAUGAGCCCGUCAAAAACGAGAUUUCCGGCCCUGCUCUAAAGCCUCCUGUGAUUUUUCUCUCAGUUGUCGAUGUAUUCUAAGAACAUGGUGUGAUCAAACCGGUGCAACAUGGAUCCCGAGGAGCUCGAGCUGCAGAAUGACUACCGAUACCGUAACUACGCGGCGGUCAUUGAGAAGGCGCUGCGAAACUUUGAGUCGUCCAGUGAGUGGGCGGAUCUCAUCUCGUCCCUGGGAAAGCUCAAUAAGGCCCUGCAGAGUAACCUUCGCUAUUCGCUCUUGCCCAAAAGGCUGAUCAUAGGGAAGCGUCUGGCCCAGUGCCUGCACCCGGCUCUGCCCAGCGGCGUUCACCUCAAGGCUCUGGAGACGUACGAGGUCAUCUUCAAAAUCAUUGGCACUAAAUGGCUGGCCAAGGAUCUGUUUAUUUACAGCUCUGGGUUGUUCCCGCUGCUGGGUCAUGCAGCCAUGGCAGUUAAGCCUGUUCUGCUGACGCUGUAUGAGCGUUACUAUCUCCCACUGCAGAGAGCUUUGCUUCCCAGUCUGCAAGCUUUCAUAACUGGACUCUUACCUGGUCUGGAAGAAGGACUGGAGGUCUACGACAGGACUGACGCUCUGCUGGUCAAGCUGUCGCUGUUGGUGGGUCAACAGGUCUUCUACGGAGCCCUGUGGGGAAGCAUGCUGGUCACCCCGAUGGUGCGGCUGCCCGCUUCGGUUUUUGUGGUCACACAUUUUGACCGCAUGGUCCCGCUGAGUCAGCAGACCUACAUGUUGGGCUACGGCCAUUGCGCAGUGAUAAAGUCAGUCUGUCUUUCUCUGCAAGAUUCAAAUGUGUUGGUGCAGAGGAACAUGCUUGAAGUCCUCCUCUACUUUUUCCCCUUUGCAACAUGUCUGGACCCAGCAGAGCCCAGUGUGGCUCUGAGUGCUGAAGACAUGAUCACUGUGGUGUCUGCAGCUUUACUCACUCUGCUCAGGAGAGACAUGUCCCUCAACAGACGUCUCUACGCCUGGCUCCUAGGCACCGACAUUAAAGGAGGGAUGGUGGCGCCACAUCCCACACUCUCCACCACCGUGGAGGAGCACACCUCAUUCUACUUCAACACUUACUCGAAAGAUUAUCUUGUGAAGGCUCUGAUUAACAUCCUCAAACAAAAGGAGGUGGACAGCGACCCAGAAAGCGUCAUCUCGUACCUCAGACCCUUUCGCAUCGUCAUCAGUCUGCUCGAUAAACCCGAGAUAGGUCCAGCUGUCUUGACCUGCGUGUUGUUGGAGGUGGUCCGAGCUUUCCAGCGCUACUGUCUGGAGAUGCUUGGAGAGGAAAACAUCCCAAAGUGGGGAAGCUCAGCCAACCAGCUGGCUUGUAAAGUAAAAGAGAACAAGAAUGCGUCAGAGAUCAUAAAGACAGUGAACAUGCUUGUGAGCUCCCUGAACAGCGAAUAUCUUUGGGAGUACAUGACUCAGCGCUUUUGCACUUCUCUCAGUGAAAAAGAUGAUCCGGAGCAGGACUACGGCCAGACGGCUCCCUCAGUCACAGAAAUAUCCAACCUUAUCAUUUUCCUUCUGGAUGUUCUUCCUCUGGAGCUCUAUGCCGACAUCCAGUCACUGUUCCUUCCCGACAUGCUGGGCAUCAUGCUGCAGAGCCUGCACCGCCACAUGGACUCAAUUUCCCUUGAUGACAUCACACAGGGGCUGCGAGUGUGCUUUAAGGUCCUGAGUAAGAUCCAGAUGCCUGUAGCUUACAUGGAUGUUGAUGCAGGAGCAAACACAGAGGAGCGGGAGUUGGCUUCACCAGAGGAUGAAACCACAAAGGAUGUACAGAAUGAUGGGGAGAAAAAUGGAAGCAUUAAUGGACAUCAGGAAGAUGAGCGGGAAAGGCAGGAUCCAGGAGGUGAAGCCGAGCCUGCAAAUGGGGUUUACUCAACUCUGAGGUCGGAAGACAGCGGACUGGGCAUCAGCGCUUCCCCCUCAGAGCAGCACCUGCAGCUGGGAAUGCCCACGGAGGCCGAGCAAAACGGAACCUGCAAAACCGGCGAUGGAGUUUGGAGAAGGGGAGGGAGUGUAGAAGCCAUGACGCAGAGUCUGCAGGACAUCCUGGCCUUCAUAACCACAAAGUACCUGUUGGUGCAGGUGGAGGACGUAACAGGUCCGAUUCCAGAGCCUCAGCGUGACCAAAGCACCAACUCUGGCGAUCAGAAGUCUCUGUUAAGGAGACGUGAAAUUAAACACAAAUUGUCUGAGCUGUUCACUCCAAACAAACGCAAAGCCAGCGUCUCGCCUGACACUCAGCCCUCGGCAUCGCCAGCGGAGAAGAAAAAGGAGCGUGGCUCCACACUGUGUUUGGACUGGGCAGCUGGUUACAUGCCCCGAGGAAAAGCUGAGAUUUCUGAGGCCUGUCGACAGACCUUCGUCGCCACCUGCCACCUGCUGCUGGAGAGCACCACCUUCCCUGUGUACCUGAGCGAGGAGGAGAUGCUAGCACUUUACACAGACAUGUUUGGAGACUCAGGCAGCGACGUGGACGGCCUCCCUGUGUGGUUGAGGUCCCUGAUGAUUCUGUGCUGCAUGUCCAGGGAUUACAACAUUCAGCACACCGCCGUGGCCUCCCUGCUGGAGCUCAUCAACCACUCCCAGUCUUUAGCACUGGUCAUUGAGGACAAGCACAGGCGCUACCAGAGCUCUGACAACAACCCUCUGAGUGGGCGGCUGCAGAUGGUCAGCGUGCCGCCCAUCUACCCAGUCCUGCACCGAGCCAUAGAGGAAAACACAGACUUCUUUCAGAGGUUAUCCAGGGUCCUGUGGAGUCAACUGGACACCGAGCAGAGAGAGCAGCACGUUUCCUGUGUGGAUCUGUUUUACAGGCUGCAUUGUUUGGCUCCCUCGGCUUCCAUCUGUGAGGACAUCAUCUGCCAGGCACUGCUGCACAAAGACAAGGCGAUCCGUCUGGAAGCUCUGCACCGCUUCACCGUGCUGUGGCACCUGACCCGGGAGACUCAGGGCAACAGGACCAUGUCUCUGAGUCGAUCCUUUGACCGGUCUUUGUGUGUAGUGGUGGACAGCCUGACCUCGGCUGACGGCUCAAUAAGUGCGGCCGCUCAGUGCUGGCUGGUCAGAGCUCUGUCCCUGAACGAUGUGAUCCGAAUCCUGGAGCCCAUUCUGCUGCUGCUCCUUCACCCAUCCACCCAGCGCUGCUCCAUCCAGAGCGUUAAACAGAAUCUCACGGCCGGUAACCUGAAGCUGUUAAACAGCAGAAGGAUUUUGAUCAAAACCUCUCGGACACCGGCAGACAUGGUGGCAUCUGAUGUGACAACAUUAAGCAGCCUGGAUGUCGUGGACCGAGAAGCUCUGUGGGCCGAGUUGGAAAGCGGGCCGGAGCCGGAAAAACCUGAAGAGGCUUUACCCGCGUCAAGGAGCGAGAGUGAGGUGACAGAGGAAGAUGAGGUCAAAGAGGAGGAGGAGGAGGACGCUGAGAGUGAGCACACUGAGUCGGCAGACACCAGCGGCGCCCGAGUUUCCACGGAGAACUCCAGUUCCGGUUCUGCUCCGCCCAGCAGUGUCGAUGAGGGGAGUUUGGUGAACGGCCUGCGGAGGGUGGAGUCCGAGCACACGCAGGCGUCCGAUUCACUGUCGAGCGAAGAGGAGGAGGAUUUUGAGCUGGAGGCUAUGGCCAGGUCUCGCCUGUUGAAGCAGGAGCGAGAGAAAAGAGAAGCCAUCAACUCACUGUUCCGUCAUGUUCUGCUGUACCCGGCGGCGGCGGGCGGCUGGCGCCGUCUCCUCCAGGGCCUGGCGCUGCUCGACAGCCUGCUGCGCAGCAGCCCCGAGUGCCACCUAGUGGACGCCCUGUGCUGCACUUCGCUGGACACCAGCUCUGCUGCUCACUUAAAUCUGGUCUCCAACCUCCUGCAACGCCACCAGCAGGCUCAGGACGGAAGGUGCUUUUACGGCUGUCUGCUGUCUCCCACUUCCUCCCCUUCUGGACCCCCAUCGCUACUUGUCGAACUGCUUGUGUCGCUCUGUCUGCAAAUCCUGCGCUCUCACUACCCAUCCUACCUGAGCCUGACUCCCCUGGACCUGCAGGGCAACAUGGAGGUCCAGGUGAAGAGUGUGACGGUCCUCACUCGGAUCGUGAAGCAGCUCAUCUUCACAGUACGAGGACAGGAGUGCAGCAAAGCCACUCUGGAAUCCAUCCACAGACUCCUGACCUGCUGUAAAGUGCAGCAGUACGCCCUGCUCUCAUUGUCUGCCUCCAUGUACGUCAGCCAGAAGGCGGCGGACAAGGGAGCAUCCAAAGGAGCCGAACUGCUGGAUGAGGCAGGAGGCCUAUCGGAGGAGAGUUUGGUGAAUCUGGGUGCGGGAGGAGGGCAGGACCAGUGCCCCUUACAAAUAGAGCUACUAAAGUUGCUCCAGGCUCUGAUAGUGCUGGAGUACCAUGUGUGGCCGGGUGGGGUCGCAUCUGCAGUGAGCGGCGGCUCAGGCCAGCCUGGAGACCCUCGUGAAUCCUCACCGGCCUCCACCCCGCUGGCCCGGGAGUGGCAGACCGCUGUGCUCUUCCAGCAGUCCAUCAAAGCAGCGCAGUAUGUCCAGAGCCACCCCAUCACAGCGCAGGGGAUGUUUGUUUCCGCGGCAGCAAGAGCCCUGCAGCCUCAGUACGGCUAUGCUAUGCAUCCCCACUGGGUGUCGCUGCUGUGCUCCUCUCUGCCGUACCUGGGGCGCUCCUUGGGGAUCAUCGUGUCACCGCUCAUCAGUCAGAUCUGCAGGAACAUGGACGAUCUGGUGAAGCUUCACGAACACGAGGGAGGGAAGGCGAACCACAGCGUUACUGGCAGGAAGGAGAACAUCGCUCCAGACUACCCUUUAACUCUGCUUGAAGGCCUGACCACCAUCACACAUUAUUGUCUCCUUGACAACAAAAAGUCUCUGGUGGCUUGUGAUCCCGUGGAUGUCCGUAACGCGCGCAACGCCGUGCUGGAGGCGCUGCCGCAAAUGCUCAGCAGCAUGGCGUUGCUAUGGGGCGUUGUCAUGAGGGAGGAGUUUCAGAGACGUGCGUCUGACUCCAGCCACAGCAGCAAACAUGCUUCUACCUCUGUGUAUUUCAAAAGCGCCAAGAUCUUGCGGCAGCGGAUCCUGCAGUUUCUACUCCCUCUUACUGGACAUUAUGGGGUUCAGCUGAUGGCUUCAGUAGGAGUAGUGUGGAGCAACAGGAAGAGCAAAAGGAGACACAAGAACAAAGUUUUACCAGUGGCCAGUGAGGCUCGUCUGGUCAUUGUGGAGCUCAUAAAAUCGCUUCACACCUUGAAUAUAGAAACUGUCCUCCACUUGGUCAAAGAGGUUGUGAAGAGGCCGCAUCAGAUCAAAGGAGAACAGAAGGCAACGCUGGUCGAUAUUCCCAUGCUGCAGUUCAGCUAUGCCUAUGUCCAGAGCAUUUCAGCUGCGGCUCUGCAGGAAAACGUUGCUCCUCUCCUCAGCCUGUUGAGGGAGUCUGUUCAGCUCAACCUGGCGCCACCUGGACAUUUCCUCCUGCUGGGAAUCCUAAAUGAUUUUGUCAACCGUCUCCCAAACCUGGACAGCAAGAAAGACUCUAAAGAUCUGCAGGAGGUGACUCAGCGGAUCCUGGAGAUGGUGGGUGGGAUCGCAGGCUCUUCUCUGGAGCAGACCAGCUGGCUCAGCCGAAGCCUUGAGGUCAAAGUUCAGCCACAGGUGUGCGUAGAAGCUGAAGAACCGGAUGACACAGAGGUGGACGGGGAUCACUGUGAAUCAGUAACUCAGGCUAAUGCCAUGGUGUCGUCCUCCGCUCCUUCAGUGUACAGUGUGCAGGCCCUCACAUUGCUUGCAGAGAUCUUGGCGCCCCUUCUGGACAUGGUCUACCGUAGCGACGAGAAGGAAAAAGCCGUCCCCCUUAUCUCACGUCUCCUGUAUUACGUUUUUCCCUACCUCAAGAACCACAGUGCCUACAACAUGCCCAGCUUUGCAGCAGGCGCCCAGCUGCUGAGUAGCCUGAGUGGGUACGCCUGCACCAAACGGGCCUGGAAGAAGGAGGUGUUUGAGCUCUUCAUGGACCCCCUGUUCUUCACCAUGGAUGCCUCCUGUGCACACAGUUGGAAAUCAAUUAUUGACCAUCUACUGACUCAUGAGAAGACCAUGUUUAAGGACCUGAUGGGCAUGCAAAGCAGCUCCCUGAAGUUGUUCACCAGUGCAGACCAGAAACCCAUGUUGGUGAAACGGCAGGCAUUUGCAAUGUUCAGCGGCGAACUCGACCAGUACCACCUCUACCUUCCACUUAUUCAAGAACGCCUCACAGAGACUUUGAGAAUGAACUCAAGCCCUGCGGUCUCAGCCCAGAUGUUCCUGAUGUUCCGAGUUCUCCUGCUGCGGAUCUCAUCCCAGCACCUGACGUCGCUCUGGCCUAUAAUGGUCACAGAACUUAUGCGUAUAUUUGCACGCUUAGAGAAAUCUCUGCAGCCAGAGAAAGACGUCUCAAAGUUGACCAAAGUGGUGCGUGGGGCACUUGACAGAAAUGGACCAGUAAACUUCUCCAAUGCAGAGUUGGACAUGUACCUCUCAGCCUGCAAGUUUCUGGACACUUCCUUGGCCUUUCCUCCAGAGAAGAUGCCCCUCUUUCAGAUGUAUCGUUGGGCAUUUGUCCCGGAGGUGGACGUGAGCCGCUACAGUGGUCCAGAAAAUGCGCUGAUUGAGGGUGAACAGGAAUGCACACCACACGUUGUCAGAGUGCUGGAAGGGAUACAGGAACGCUAUGGGGCACUGAACGGACUGACUGAGGAAUCCUCCACGGAUAACUUGGAGUUUCCCCUCCUCACUCAGAGCUCCUUGUCCUCCAUCACCCAGCUGCUGCCUUUCCUUCGCACCCUUUGCUGCUCCUUCCAGGCCCCUCCCCCCUCCAGCCAGCCUGCUGCCCACUUCCCCAUAGCAGAAUACCCUGCAGCCAGCUCGCACAUUGUUCUGAGCAGAUUGGAGGACAUCAUUGAGAAUGAGUUCCUGGACUCCAUGGAGAGUUAAAAACUGAGCUUUUAUAUAGCUGCAGGCACAUGUAAUAAAAGACCUAGAAUGGGCACAACCAGUGAUUUUGUUGUAUUGUGGAGUUCUAGUGAAGGAAUGGUUUUGAAAAUGUGUUUUCCUUUUAUGUAGUCGUCUUUCUGAUUACAUCUCUACAUGUACUUCUGAACUGCUUUAACUAGAAAAAGGAAAAAAACAAACAAAGGGAAUCCAUGGUACUCAUUUCCACAUGGCUUUUAAUGUGAAAAAAUAUGAAGGAAUGCAGUUUUGUUUCCGUCCAAAGAUGAGGUAUUAACGCAGCUAAAAGUCCCUAACUUACUGCUUUUAGUGUCGGUAAAAGCAGUAGCGAUUCAGGUUACUUAUUGUCUAAGCAAGGCAUGCACCUUAUGGCCGUGGUAGUAGAGUCAAUAGAUUUUAGUGAAGCACAUCGAAAACUUACUGUGAAGAACUGCGUUAGGCACCACUAGUGUUUUAUUUUCCUGAACUAGCCAUCUGCAGUUUGUUUCUUCAGGUGUAACAAUCUGUCUUAAGAAUGUAUAAACUCUUACAGAUUUCUCUUAAUUCAUGCUAACAUUUUUAUUAGUAAUGUAAGGAAUGUGCUUUAAGUGCAUUGGGAAAACUCUUAAAACAAUGGCUCUGCGUCGACAUGUUACAUGCUUUGAGUUUUUGGUGACCAAGGGAAAUGAUCCUUUUCUAGUUUUUACUCCAUAGUUUUUACAGCUACUGUCUGUAUUUUCCUGCACAUCUGAAUGUUCCUGUAAGUUAUUUAUCUUUAACGGACCACAUCAAAUUUUGAUGCGAAAGGGGGAAAAAAAAUCAAGUCAUUAAACAUAGCAUUUAACUUCUGUUUUAUUUGUUCUCUUUGUUUUAUUGCACUCCCACCAGUUUAUAAACAAAUAUUUUGUUUUUAUAUUGUGCUUUUAAGACAUUUUGCGGGUUUAAGCCCAGUUUCAAAACUGAUAUUGGCUCAAGCUAUUUCACUUCACUAAAAUAUAUUGGAAAAGAGAAAUCAAUCUCAAAUGUAAUUAUUAAAUUAUCUUUAAAUCUGA